AUGGUGCGAGCCAGGAAUAAGGUGAAAGAGAAUGGCUGCCACAACCAGGUGAAGGAGACCAAGGUUUUGCUGUCGACAGACUUCCUGGAAUGGGGUGCUCCACGUGCUAAGCAAGAGACCAUUGUUGAGCUGUGGGGCUUGCUCAGUGAUUGGAGCCGUGACCGUGAGGUGUCUGAGAUUGGUAGCCCGGGGCCAAACAAUGAGGCAGCGGAGGAUCGAUUCGAUGAUUUGGACGAUGUCCAGGAGGAGCAGCUCCCCUCCGAAGGUUUGCAGCUAUCUCACGAACUGCUGGGGCAAAUGGAAGUGUCGGAAGUUGCAGUUGGCGCUGGGCACUGCGUUCUAGUUUCAUCUUGUGGACGUGCUUUCGGCUAUGGCUGCAAUGCCAGGGGUCAGCUCGGCAUCGGUGGCGAGGAGCUGGAAUCAAGCUCCCUGGCUGAACUGCAUCUAAAGUCAUCAAACUAUGAAGGUACAAGGGAAAUGAAGGUGCUGGGCGCAGCCUGUGGCAGUGAACACACCCUGCUUUUGGCUCGAUCUCCAUCGGGCGAGAGUCCAAGACAGAUCUUUGUUUGCGGAGCAUGGGAAGCGCUGGGCUUGCCACAUUCUUGCGCAGAUCAGUUUUACCCAACGCAGAUACCGCUCCGCCACGAUGUGACAGCCAUCGCUGCACGUGGGGGCGCAAGCUGCUGCACAGUAAGUGAAGGAGAGUCAGAGACCUGCCGUCAUUUGCUCUACCUGUGGGGAGAAGUUGACUGUUGCCCUUGUCCAGAUCUUUUGGAGCGACCGACCCCGUGUUUCCGAUUACCCCGCAUGACAAGAAAACUGGGCCUUGGCGGCUCCUUCGGACUUGUGCUAGACAUUACAGGGAACGUAUACGCAUGGGGUGAUGGCACGUACGGUGAACUUGGCGGAGCUGUUAUGGACUUCGGUGGUUGGCCACUUACCAACCGGAGCUUUACAGAUCCACAGGCUCUUCCAGUCCCGGGAAAAGUGACGCUUCCUCGUCAUACUCAGGACAAAGAGGCUGGUGAAGAGGGACCCAAGGGGGUCAAGGACAUCGCCUGUGGCGAAAGGCAUUCCCUACUGCUGGAUGAUGCAGGGAAUCUCUAUGCCUUUGGAGAGAACCUGGCAGGGCAGUGUGGGGUUUUGGAGGCUGUAGGUUCUGGACACAUCUUCGGCUGCACUGUACAACAGCCACGACCAGUUCCCAUCGAGGCCGCGUCCCUCUCCGACGUGACACCAACUCAGGAGCGUGGGGAGAAGGUUUUUGCUGGGAAGUGGCACUCAGCCAUGGUCACCGCAGACCAUCGUCUCUAUAUUUGGGGCCACCCGAGCAACAGAAAGCUUGGUCACGUGGGCUUCAAUCAUGACGGCACUGAGGCCGGCGAAGAUCCUGGCAUUGGUGCCAAGCAGAAGAGUAAGGCCCGGCCUCCCGGGGUCGCAGUCCGCAGUGCUUUGCGUGAUGCAGUGCGGCGGCCACGCAUGGUUUUUGCACUGCUGCAUCGCAGGGUGAGGACACUGGGGCUCGGCGAAGAAUGCACUGUGAUCGUGCAUGGAGACGGAAAGGAACCAGAGGAAUCCCAGGAGGUGCAAGAUGUGCAAGUGCAGAGCGAGGCGAUCCCUGAUUUGGAGGCAGCCCUUCCAGUGGAGGCUGAAAAGGAAUCUCAUCCAUUGGAGGAAGCACAGCCACCUAAGGACUUUGGGCUGUUGGCUGGCAUUUGUGAGAGAUUUCGUCUCUAUGACGCGGUGGAGAAGCUCUCCAUCAACGAUACUGGCCACACUGCUGUGUCUCGACUCAGGCGAACGAAUGGACUCCAUGACCCACUGGACUACGAUGAGUGUGACAGUGAUGACCUUCCGGACUUGGAACCCAUCGAACCUGGAGAUAGCUUGUGGCUUUGUGUGAAUUGCCACAGUGCCGACUGGAGACGUGAAGGAGCUGCCUGGACCUGCAUGUCCUGUGGAUGCAAUCGUUUUCGAGACGCAUUUCUGGAAGACAGCAGUCGGGUACAGCCACCACCCAGACCUUGGCACUAUGAGCGUUCCUGGCCACGAGAUUACCCAGAUGUUCGGAUGCCUGACGAUCCGAGACCUAUGAGCGAGCCCAAUGAAGACUAUGAACAUCCUGCUGAGUCUGAGCAGUUGACGAAUGAUCCCACUGUUGAUCCUGACGACCCAGUGGAGACUCCUGCAAGACCGAGCAGACGACAACGACGUGCUGCUAGGAAAAAGGAUGCACUACAUGCUGAUCAACUUGGACGUCGUAAAGUUUCAUAUGACACAUCGAUGCAAACGACAAAGCGUGGUGGAGCACCUUCACCUUCAAGCCCUGGCCAUUCAGAUGGAGGACCAUUUUCUAGCAAGCCUUCCAGCAAGCUUUCCAGCAAGCCUUCCACUGGCCCGCAUGGACAGUGGCGAGAUGAGAUGUUGAAGCAGCUUGCUGACCAAGGCACCAAAGAGCCUUGGAAUAUUGCAAUGGGACCUUCACCUGGCUUGAAGUAUCGUGGAGGCACACCACCGCAGCCACCACCAUGGACCUAUGCAAAGGAUGACCUUCGAGCUUUCUCCAAGUGUGAAAGGAAACUGGAAGUUUGGCGUUUGCAGAUCCGAGCAUAUCUCCCUCCAAGGGAAUCCAGCCUCAUGCUGUACUCGUCACUUCGUGGAGAUGCAGAAGAAGAACUUGAGCACUGCGAUCUGAAGAAGGUAGACUCUGACGACGGCGUUGACUACAUCGUCGAAAUGCUGCGUGCCCCAUUGAUGACCAAGACCAUUUACCUCAAGCGCAAGUACCUCCAUGAGUUUGAGACCAUUCAGAGGCACUUUGGGGAGAGCAUCAGAGAUUUCACCAACCGCUAUCAUAGAACAGAACGAUCGUUGCUUGCAGUUGGCAUCAAUGCUCAGGCCAUGUACGAUGAGGAGUCAAGGGGAUCCAGAAUCCUCGAUAGAAUGAGGUUGAGCUUGGAGGCGCAGCGCCUUGUGCUUGUGGGUUGUCAACAAAGCUUGAAGUAUCAUGAUGUGGUUGAGUCCGCAUUGCUGCAAUUCCCGCAGCACCGUCCAGCACCUCUGGUUGUCUAUGUCAAAGAGUUUGAGGGAAAGGGGGACAGAAAUCAUAGGCCAGACCAAUCCAAAACACAUCCAGCCAACUCUGGACAAGGUGGAGGACAAAGCAACCAAAAAGGUGGCAAGGGCGAUUCCAAAGGCAAACGCCCGUCAGCCUUCACCAACACCAAGAGGACCUAUGUUGCUGAGAACCCUGACAAUGAGGACCAACCCACCGAAGAUCAUGCAGAAGAACAGGCAGCCGAUGAGGAUGCUGAUCAACAAGCUCCUGAUGGAGAUGAGGCCGACGAGAACCAAGAAGAUGAAGGCGCCCCUGAGGGCGAAGAUGAUGAGCUCGAUUCCAGCCUCCGUGACGUUGUGCAAUGCUUGACAGUGACUGCAAGGCGUCUCCAAAGUUUGACAUUGGGACGUCGCUUCAGCGGCAAGAAGACGAUAGAGCAGAGAAAGCAGGAAAGUCAUUGCGCAGUUUGCGGUGAGAAAGGGCACUGGCAGGGCGAUGCAGCCUGCCGUCAAAGUUCAAAGCCUGCUGCUGGCAAAGGUGGAGCCAAAGGUGAUGCCAAGAAACCAGACAAGACUUCGUCAGCACCAGCCAAAAGAGUUUUGCGCGUGCAGCAGCCCAAUGGAUCUCUCAAGUCGGUCAGCUUUGAUGAAGAUGAUGGUGAAACUCAUGAUGGCGAUGAUCAGCAUGGGCCAUUUGGAACGUACUUCACCUUCAUGACCAAUAACCCCAGCAUCAACAUCCACCAAGUAUAUGGCACUAACAUCAAGAGCUUUGCAGAUUUCAUGGUUUUGGAUACUGCUUGUCAACGUACGUGUUGCAGCUCAACUUGGUUUUCUUUUCGCAAGGAGAAGUUGGAAAGAUACAGCCUCAAGAUGCACACCAGCCCCAACAAGGAGCCCUUCGAAUUUGGUCACGGUCCCACGCAGUUUAGUCACCAACAUGCUUUGAUUCCCGCGGGUUUGGACGACACUCAUCAUGGACUAUUAUUGUUGGGAGCAUGCGUUAUUUCCACAACGAAUGACAUUCCUUUGUUAGGCAGUAGCGGGCUUCUUUCAGACAAGCUCCAAGUGGUGCUCGACCUGCCCAAGAGGAGUGCAUAUCUCAGAAGUUUGCAGAUCACCUUGCCUAUUUGUAUGGUCAACGGCCACCUUGCUUUCAAUAUCAGCAAAUUUCCUGAGCAUGUUUCGAAAUCACCAGUUUGGCAUGAUUUGACAAAACUCUGCAGCAAAUUUGAAGGCGACCGUGAAUUGAUGCUGCCACCACAGGCUCUCAAGGUUUGCAACAUACGACCUGAAAGCCCCAGCAAUGCUUCAAGGAGCGCCUCCACAAUGGUUGCAGAACUGGAGCCGCUUCGUUGCAGCACUUUUUCAAGCGGAAAGGCUUCUAUGCCAGGUGAUGCUACAGGCAGUGAAGCUACGAAUUCGACCAAGGCGUUGGCUGACAUUCCAAGACCCUCUCGAGAUGGACAACAUGAUGAAGUUGAUGGACAUGUCCCAACAGCCUUGCCAACAUCCGUCAAUUCGACGGUACGGGAACAGGCACGGCAGUUUCGCCAAGUGCCAGGAUUGCCAAAAGGGGUGGCGGUGGUCAGACGAACAAGAUCGCUGGGUAGAUCCAGCGCCAUCGCGGCGGCCACAACUGCCAUCGCCUGCAUCCUCAACAGCGUCAACCUUUGUGGACAAGAACCGAAAGCCCCGCUGGACCCUGGCAGUCUCGAUUUCCUCGACAACUUCGGAGCCAGCUCGCCCCGCGCCAAUUAUGGAUGCUGCCAAACCACCUCCAACAACCAAGGAGAAGAAGAGCACGGCCAGACCCAAGAGUUCUGGCGCUGGCAAGCGGAGAGCAGCCAUCAAGGCGGAGGAGGCAGAGGAAAUCUCCGACGAGUACGAUUGGUCGACGAUCGAACCAUGAUGAAGAGACCCAAAACCACAUGGGUCACUGGUCACUUGAGGCAAGUCCUGAAGACCUAUGAGAUGGAGAAUCAGGCUUAUGCACAGAUGCCCAACCACAAGGACCAGAUGCAGUUCGGCCCCAAGAUUGACCUCCUGGAAGUGUUUGCCGGCAGUGCCAAUUUGACAGCAAGAGCCCCUCGGUUCAAGCUUUCCGCCCUGGAACCAAUUGACAUCAAGAUCAACGUUGAUCUCACCACACCAGAAGGACGAGCCAUCGUCUGGAGAGCCGUGAAGAAGUUUCGACCUCUACUGGUCGUAGUGGAAUGGCCAUGCAAAGAAUGGAGCAUCUUCAACGAGAACAUGAACUAUUCAUGGCGUCCAGGCGAACUUGAACAGCUACGACAGCAAGAACGACCUCUGGUGGAGUUCGGCGCUGACCUUAUGCAUUAUCAGCACCAACAUGACAGGUUCUAUCUGGGCGAAAAUCCAUUGAGAUCCCGCAUUUGGAGAGAGGAGCCAGUGGUUUCUGUCACCGAACUGCCUGACAACAUAACUACACGAUGCGAUGCUGGAGCCUACGGUGCAGAAACUGAAGAUGGCUGGCCUAUCCAAAAACCACAUCAAUGGAUUGGCAACUCCAAGGAGAUCAUGGCAGAACUAUGUCGGGUCCUCACCGAUGAAGCCAAGCUCUACACCAAACCUGUGCAGGGCAAAGACACAGAAGCCAGCGGCCGAUACUGUGAUGGCCUUUGUGAUGCCAUCCUUCGUGGCCUCAAACGUGAAGCUGUUGCACGAGACCCUCUCAGAUUUCGACCACCUGAGAAGGCUUCCGUGUACUAUGUCAAGCCCACCAACGACGAGCAGGCCUGGGACUCUCUUCUCAACACUUUUGAGAAGAGGUUUGAGAACACGCACAAGAAGCCAUACAACCUGCCAACCAAUGACGACCUCUACAACGAGAUCUGCAGAUUGGUGCCUUGGGACAUUGAGCGUAUCCAAGUGGCAUGGCUUCCUGUGGCUCGUCGAUGGCCAACUGACAUACCAUUCACACACCGUGGAGCAGCCCUUCGAACAGCCAGUGGCAAGAUCAUCCUGGAGAGCGAAGAUCUAUCUUCAGUGGUGUACCCAAAACAAAGGUAUUUCGAGACAAUUCGUCUCGGCAUUUUCUUCUUUGGUCAUGCUCCAGGUGGACCUCAAGAUGAUUCGCAGGAAGCAGACGGAGCUGAACAACGUCCACAACAAGAAGCUCCAUCAUCAAAGGACCUAGUCAGUGGAAUGACAACUGACAUUUGGUUCGAAGAUGCACCACCUGAAAUGACCAAGGAGCUGAAGAAGUCACUAGCACGCCUUCAUGCCAAUAUGGGCCAUCCACCGAAAGAAGAACUGAUUCGCAUUCUUGCUGCCUCCAACAACUUGAGCAGCAAGGUUUUAGCUGGACUCGAUGCACUACGUUGUGGAAGUUGCCUGCGAUUGACCUUGCCCAAAAAGCCUGCAGUUUCUUCCACAUCAACAAUGAAUGCCUCAGCAUUUGGAGAUCGACUUCAGGCUGACAUCGUCUACAUUCGGACUUUGUCACAGAAUGUCCCAGUUCUUGGAAUAGUGGAUGAAUUCACGAACUACAUUGUGGCCACCACUCUGACUGACAGACAUCCUGCGACAGUGCUGAAGACCUUUUUGACGAUGUGGUAUCAUCCACUUGGACUCCCACAACACCUGACAGUCGAUCCCGACACGGCAUUUCUGGGCAACAUGGAAGAGUGGCAUGCACGCCACGGCAUCGAGUAUGAGAUCAUUCCAGCUGAAGAGCACUGGCGAAUUGGCAAGAUUGAAAGAAGGAAUGCCCUUCUUCGAACUUUGGUGGAAAGGCUUGUCGACCACCAUGCAGUGGUCAGCCGAGAAGCUCUCGACGAAGUGAUUGUGGCAGCCUGUCACUCUCUCAAUAGCAGCACAUACAGCUAUGGCAGAUCGCCAUUUCAGGCUGUGUUCGGAAGGAUCCCCAGGCCAUUGGGCGAUUUGCUCUCUGAUGACAAGGCCCUGGUGAUUAGCAACAACAACAACCAGAUCUUCCGACCAGAGCUGCUGAGAGCUGAGGCAGUUACCACAUUGAUGCAGAUUUCCGCAUCACAAGCUGUACGCCGAGGCCUCCUCCGAAAAACCAGACCACAACAAGAUCUACCUCGACUUCAACCUGGACAGACCAUUGCAUUUUGGCGGUGGCAAGGAAGAUCCCGGCAGCACAAAAAGGGAUCAUGGAGUCUGGGCAGAUACUUGGCCAGCGACCCUGACAAGAAAUCCUCAUGGGUUCAAGUGGGCAAAACAACCAUUCGCAUUGGCAACAACCAGAUUCGCCUGGCUUGCGGAUGGGAGGACUGGUCACCUUCGGAGGAGGAUGUCAAGCUGCUGAAAGACGCAGAAGCCAACCUUUCACAAGGCCUGUGGGACGAUAGUCGCGGUGAUCCUCCUGGAGAAGAUGAAGCCCAAAUGAUCGACCAGGAGAUCUUCAACUUUCGACCCAUCCAGGACUUGCAGCUGUCCAAUGAGAGAGGCAUGACCCGCCAGGAAGCAAAACAACUUGACAGAGAAAUUCCUUGGCGGGACAUCAUGAAGCAAGAUGAAGCAACCAUCCAGCAGUACGUUGAGAGUGCCAUCAGCGAGUACAAUGGAUGGAUGAAAUGGGGCGGUGUCAGGGCAAUCCCGGAGGAUGAGGCAAACCGCAUCCGAAAUUCUGCGAAAAUGCGCCGCAGAAUCAUGAAAAGCCGUGCGGCUUACCGGGAUAAAAACAGAGGACAACCACCACUACGCCCAAAAACCAGAGUUGUGGUGAUUGGAUGUGCUGACCCUGACCUUCGCCAACUAUCAAGAGACAGCCCUACGCCAACGCGCCUUUCAGAGAUGAUUAUCCUUUGCAUAGCAACCUCUGGCGCAAAUGGCGAGUUCAACAUGGAUGGACUCCAAUGGACUCUAUGGCUGUCAGAUGCUGAGAAGGCAUUCCUUCAAGGAUUUCAAGACAAGUCUGAGAGGAAUGGACCAAUCUUCAUGGAACCUCCACGAGACCCCAUUCAGCAACGUGCCAAAGCUUUUGCCGCUGCCUUGUACGAGAUACUGGGUAACUGCUAUGGCCUUAGCAAUGCACCUCGCACUUGGUACAUUGCUGUGGAUGCGAAACUUCGAAAGAAUGGGUUCAUCCAGCACAGCCUCGACCGUUGCUUCUACAUGCACUUCGACGCCAGUGGCCAACUGAACUGUGCACUGAUAGUGCAUGUCGAUGACUUCAUGGCUGUGUAUUCAACCUCGUUUCCAAUAGCCAAGUUGGAAGAAAUGUUUGAAUGGGGCUCCAUCACAAAAGUCACAGAGAACCAGCCCGGAGUUUACCGAGGCAAAGAAAUCACUUUGAAGCGACACGGAGGAAAACUGCAGUACUACAUCACCCAGAAGAAGUUCAUAGAAGGAACCACUGCAGGUAAGCUACCUCCUGGACGUCUUCAACAAGACAGCGAGCUGAGCACUGCUGAAAUGAGCGACUUCCGCAGUGCCGUCGGAAGCUUGCAAUGGCUCUCAGGUCAGACAAGGCCUGACUUGGCAGCCGCGUCAUCCUUGUGCCAAAAAGGAUCCAAGACCGAGAUCAGCGAUCUCAACAAAGUGUACGAGUGCAUCAAGCACGCCAGAGAAACACCAGACUUUGGCAUAGGCUUCCCUUCUGUGCCGUUCAACCAGAACUCCGUCAUCCUGAUUUACUCAGACGCUUCAUGGGCGAACGCAUCAAAUCUGACUUCGCAGUUUGGCGUUUUGGUGACAAUAUGUCCACCACAGGUGACAGAGCGUACAUGCAAUGCAUUUCUGGUUGAUUGGAAGAGCGGCAGAACACAGAGAGUCUGCCGGAGCACACUCGCAGCCGAGGCCUACAGCGCUGAUGAAGGCGCUGACAGAGGCAGUUUCGUAAACUAUUUCAUCACCGAGAUCUUCCACCAGAUCCCUGCUUACAAAGGCGUGAUGAAAAUGAACAUGAAGCAAGCCGUGGAUGCCAAGUCUCUUUUCGACUGUCUCGUGGCCGAGAACCCAUCCACGAGCGAAAAGAGAAGUCUGAUAGCAAUUAGGUCUGUGCAGCAAAGCUUGGGCCGCAAAGAUGUUCACUGGGUACCUACCCAGAUCAUGCAAGCAGAUGGACUGACGAAGCUUGACCCCAAACUUCGAGCUUUACUGAUGCAAUGGUGUUCCGCGCCCUGGUGCCAGCUGAGAGAAGAAGCUUUGUCCAGGAAAAGCACUACCGAGAAGACUGUCACCAAUAUUGCAUUCUGCUUCCGGGAACGCCUAAGACAGCGAGCUGCCUUUGUGACUGGUGGCAUGGAUGGUGUGCAGCUCACCUUUGCGAAGACUUUCGAGGGCACAAAUCUGUUCCAGAUAUUGCCUCAAGGCAAGAAGAGUGACUUUCCUUAUGGAACAGAUCUCCAUGCAGGCGCGACGCACGAGCAAAGACAGGAGGUGUUUGGUUUGCUCGGCCAUCUCUACCUAACCGUGGAGGGUGGACCUGGUGUGGCAAAAGAAGCCAGAAUCGCUGUGAACAAUGGUGCUUGCGUGAUCCCACUGGUGAGCAGUGGUGGUGCAAGUGGUGGCCUUUUCGACUUUCCCAAGGAAUGUUUCCAGAAGCCCAUUUGGGCUCCCGAGCCCCGGUGGAGCCUGCUACAGCAGAAGGCCGGCCGCAUCAUGAGUUUACCAAUUGGAAUUUGA